CAAAACUAUGGUUGGCAAAGCUUAACCUAAGCUCGUUCUUUCCUUCUAAUUCCAUUUUAGUGCUUGUUCUACAUCUGUAGCUAAGGUCUUAAGACAACUUGCCCUAAUACUAGUAUUUUUAUAUUUAAAAUACCAAAAUGUCGAACCAAGCUGAAUUAGCCUGUGUCUACGCUGCCCUCAUCUUGGCUGAUGAUGAUAUCGCCAUUACUGGGGAGAAGAUCCAAACCAUCCUUAAGGCUGCCAAUGUUGAGGUAGAACCUUACUGGCCUGGACUUUUCGCUAAGGCUUUGGAAGGUGUAUCCAUCAAAGAUUUGGUAACAAGAUUGGGAUCUGGUGUAGGUACUGCCCCUGCUGGUGGAGCAGCUGCUGCAGCUCCUGCUGCUGCCGCUGAAGCAGCCCCAGCUAAAGAAGAGAAAAAGAAGGAAGAAGAACCUGAAGAAUCUGAUGAUGAUAUGGGUCUUGGUCUCUUCGACUAAAAUAUUUUUAAUUUUUAAUAAAAAACAUUAAAAGUU